AUGUUUUUCUUCACCAACCUGCUCCGAGAGACCCCAUUCCUCCAUACCCAGACCCAUGAUAUCGCGCUUGACCCACUCACCGUUGACGCCAAAACCCUCGCGACCGAACUUGGUCAAGGACACCUGAGCAGUGUGGACUUGGUAGAGAGGAGCCUGGACAUGAUACAGAAAUACGAUGGCUAUCUCCACGCCAUGCUGAGCAUCGUGCCAAGGGAGAAGCUGAAGCAGACGGCCGAAGCAUUGGAUCGCGAGCGGCAACAGGGGAAGCUGCGUGGGCCAUUGCACGGGAUUCCCAUUGUCAUCAAGGACAAUAUUACGACUCAUCCCGAUCUCGGCAUGCAAACGACGUGCGGAUCUUGGGCUUUGCAAGACAUGAGGCCCCACGCAAAUGCCCCCCUUGUUGACAACCUCAUUCAAGCAGGGCUCAUCAUCAUUGGGAAGACCAACUUGAGCGAAUGGGCAUACUACCGAAGUUAUACGAUCCCGAGUGGUUGGUCAGGGAAAGGUGGCCAAUGUCAGUCCGCGUACGUACGUGGUGGUGUUGACCCAAGUGACACCAACAAUGGUCACAGUAACCCCUGCGGAUCGUCAACGGGGUCGGCUGUCGCAGUCUCUGCCGGAUAUGCACCGCUCUCUAUUGGGACGGAGACGGAUGGAUCCCUCGUGUCUCCAGCGGCAAGGGCAGCUCUGUACACUAUCAAGCCCACCAUUGGGCUAGUGUCCCAGGACGGUGUCAUACCUAUUAGCCAUACCAUGGAUUCCGCUGGACCCAUGGCGAAGACACCAUAUGACCUUGCCACCUUGCUCGACGUGAUUGCAGGGCCUGCUGCUGAGGGCUCGGGCGACUCGUUCAUCUCAGCCCUCAAUGGUUCUUGGGGUGAGCUGUCCAUAGCCACUAUCGACUUCAAGAAAUGGUGGCCAGGAGAGGAUUAUCUCAAGCCUGUGGAGAGUGCAACCAAACAAAUGCACACCGAGAUUCAGGCAGCUUACGACAAGAUGGAAGACUUGGCAAAGAGAUACAUCGGCGACGCACCACUUCCGCUGCCCACGGCAUUCAUGCUUGACGGGCGCGACAGCGAGGAAACCAUUAUGAUGGCCGACUUCAAACAGGACAUUGACAAGUUCUUGAAGUCGGUGGAGUAUUCCAAGGUUCGUAGUCUUCGGGAGCUCAUAACCUUCAACAUUGAGCAUGCCGACGCCGAGAUGCCGGCUGGCUUUCAUGACCAGCAAAUUCUGCUCGAAACGGAGGACCUGGAGCUAUCACCCGAAGACUAUGACAAACAUCUCUCUCACCUGAGAAAGGUCUCGCGGCAAAAGGGACUGGAUUUCAUUUUCCAGAAGUACGAAGUCGAUGUCAUCAUCGGAUCCAGUGACACACCCAUCACGACUUUUGCGAGUGGAAGCGGCUAUCCUGUCGGAUCGGUGCCUUUGGGAUACCUGGACUUCAACGGAAGACCAUUUGGCCUGGCGGUGCUGGCUGCCAAGAACCAAGAGGCCAAAAUAUUGAAGUUCAUGAGUGCCUGGGAGGCCACUUUCGGUCCCAGAAAACCGCCACCAAUGCUCCAGUAG